AUGAAUGCUGCAAACACAAGGCCAAAAAUAGGCCCAACUUCACGAUCGCAUCUGAAUCAAAAUCUCCCUGUGAACCUCCUUGAAAGCGGUGCAAAGCUCAUCCAAGAAACCGUGCAAAAGCCUCCCAACUACAAAUUACUACAUUAUUGCGAUACGAUCUUCAUGUUCGUAAUUUAA